AUGAAGAAAUCUUCUACACAACAAAUUAACAAACCUACUGUGACAAAAAGACUCCCUUCAACCGCACUGAAACCAGAAGAUAAUCAAGAUACAAAUAAGAAAGUUAAAAAAACAGAACCGGUGCCUAAAACAAGCACUCGAUCUAACGUUAAAAAAGUACCUCCUCAGUCAUCACAACCGACUGCAAGCAGAACUGAGAAAAAGGAUAAAAGCGAUGCUGUCAAGCCAAGGACGCAAACUAAUCCUAAAGCAAGUCUAAAUCAAAGUAGAAAACAAAUUCAAAUUCCAAAUUCAAAUUAUGCUACUAAAAAACCAUCAGCUGGAGACUUCAACGUUACCGUUUUCUCUCCACCAAGCGCUCGUAAGGCAGCACCUAAAUCAACGAAGGAACAAUUGACUUCAUCAACAACAACACGAGAUCGAACUCGUACCAGAACGUUGAAACCAGAAGAAGUCACAGUAAUGAAAAAUAUUCCCCAAAUUACAGAUGAAGUUGGCAAAGAAAAAGCUAAGCCACCACCUAUCGCGUUCGAUAUUCAGUUUGAAAACAAUAAACGGAGUUCAUCUUCAAGUGCCAAAAAACAGAUUGCCAAUAAUGUGGUUGAAACAGAUAAUGAUGAGGACGAGUACGACUCAGAGUUUGAAUCAUACGAAUCUGAUUUUGAAUCAGGAUCGUCAAAAAAAUCCUCCUCUUUAUCUGCACCUUCUAAUAAAUCUAGCUCAUCAGAUUCAUCAUCAUCUACCGAUACCGAUGGGUCGUUCAGUUCUGAUGAAGAGCACAGAAAAUCAAGAACGAGCAACGAACAGAAGCUAGACUCUGGAAACUAUGAAAUGAAAUUAAAGCGAUUGCUAACGACCAACGAUAACAGUAUCACAUUUGGCAAUUCAUCGAAGCAAGAUGACAAUCAGCCUGAUUCUGGUAUGAAUAGCGGUUUGUUUGAAACUCAGCCUGCUUCAAACAGUGGUAAAUUGCUGCAUAAGCGUUAUGCAGACAUAUUAGAUAAAAUUUCGUUCAAUACGAUGGCAUUCGAGCUGUAUGAAGAUGAACCGGCGCCGUAUGAAUACUUUGUCAAGAACUAUGGCAUGGUAAAGGGUGUACAAAGUCAAACCCAAACUGAAACAAACUCCAAUUCAUGUGAAACACAAACCGACAACAUCUAUCGUAAAUCUUGUUGGAUUCAAUAUCCACCCCAGUUCUCUAUAUCGUGCCUCAAUAACAUGAAUACUGAACCAGACAGAUAUACAACAGAGAAGUUAGGUGUAGGACAAGAAAAUUUCCACGAUACAGGUACCACUUCUCAUCAAGACGAUAUUUUCUCAGAUUUUCUAAUAAAUCUUGAGUUCAGCAAAAUGCAAACUAUUAACAAAACACGGCUAUCUAACAAUUUGAGUUGCAGCUUUGGUGAUCUUUGCAAAUUUUUGGAAAAAUCCUUACAAGUGGUGGAAAAUGUACUUAUACGAAACGUUGAGAGCUGUGAUAAACCCAAAAGCAAAACUGUACAAUUAAAACUACAAAACUUAUCGGACAACAGUACAGUAACUGCUGCACACUUUGACGUGAAUUCCCACCAUGUGCUCCUUACGCUUCACGAGUGCAAUGUAGAAAAAUCACAUCAUAGAUAUGUAGUCAGUGUUUGGGAUACCAGAAACUGCGUUAGGCCUAAAGCCGUUCUUUCAUGCUGGAGCACUGUAGUGUGCACUGAUAGAAUUGGUCCAAUCGUCGUAGCAGGAACGGCCGAUGGAACAUUGUGCCUUUGGAAUAUCACUGAGAGUAGUCAGGAGAUUUCUCCAUUUCAGCUCAUUAGCCCUAUACUGACUAACGAUAUUGAAAACUGCCACUACGGAAGCGUUGUAGCAGUUCGAACAGCAAAUUCAGGAAACGGUUGCAGUAACUUAAUUUCACUUCAGGUCCUCACACUAUUCGUAUCAGGUGUACUUGUAACAUGGUCAAUAUCAAGGGCAGAUCAAGUAUCAGACACCGGCAAUGAUCUAAAUCUAAACACAAUUUUUCAUCAUGCCAACUUAAGGCUUAUUCAGCAACACGUUUUGAAGCUCUUCUCUAUCCAAAAACGACUAGUACCACAUCAAUUUUCUGUUUCAAAUAGCUUUCAAAAAGGCAGUCUCGAAGAUUUAUUGAACUCAAAAAAUAACUCAACGGACGAACAUACUAAAGAUGAAUUAGGUCUAAGCAACGAUAUGGUUAUUUGUCACAAUAAAGCAAUUAUCCUGUUGAAUCGUCAAAUCAUCAUUGUCAAUUGUAAUGAGCAGGAAGCUUCUCUUAUUUUGAAGAAUCAAGAUAUCAUAACAAAUUUCAAGGAGCAUCCAAAAGCUAAAGGAUGCAUGUUUAUGCUUGCAUCGGAUAAUACAAUUAAAAUCAUGAGAAUAUCCAAACACUCAAACAUUGCAUCUACCCAGAACGAUUCAAACGUGCAUAACGCAAAACAACACAGUUCUCAUUCCAAUUUGAAGUUAAGUCCUGUUUUAAACAACAAGUCAUGCACAAUUCAGAAUAUAGUAAAAAAUGAACGAAAGUUGUACCAUGAGGCUAGCAGUCAUGCCGACGGCCUUGCUAAUCCACUAAGUGGUAAUGUUGAUAAUAACCCCCUUAACAGUCACCAAGAACAUAGGGAAGCAGAGCCGGUACCUUUUUACCACAAUCAGCUAUUUUUCCUCAAACAACCAAACCAGAUUAAUUCAAGGCUUCAUUUCCUCAACCAAGGACAGAUACUUUGCGUUGGAGCUGACAGAAACGCAAAAUUCAUUGACCUAAAAACCGGCCAUGAAAGUUAUUUAAGUGAUUACAUUGCAACUGAUUCCUGCAAUCGCAGACUGCUCGCAACAACAGACAAACAAGUGAUAAUGACAACAGAUGGACGGGAGAUUUAUCUGCACGACAUAUGUGGCAACAUGAAAGGGUCGUAAAAUGUUGAUCAUAAUAAAAUAUGUAAAGUUUUGACAUUACAAUCCUAUCUUUUGUAACAAUAUCACAACCUUUACCUACAUUUCAC